AUGUGGAUCGUUAACUGGUUCUACGAUGUUUUGUCCUCUCUCGGAUUGAUGAACAAGAACGCCAAGCUCCUCUUCCUUGGUCUUGAUAACGCUGGAAAGACAACCCUCUUGCAUAUGCUUAAGAACGACCGCGUCGCCGUUCUUGCACCUACUCUUCACCCUACCUCGGAAGAGCUCGUCAUCGGCAACGUCCGCUUCAACACAUUCGACUUGGGUGGCCACACACAGGCCCGUCGUAUCUGGAGAGAUUACUUCCCCGAGGUUGACGGCGUCGUCUUCCUCGUCGAUACCGUCGACAACGUCCGAUUCCCCGAAGUCAAGGCCGAACUCGAUGCUCUUCUUUCCAUGGAGGAACUCUCCAAGGUUCCCUUCGUUGUCCUCGGCAACAAGAUCGAUCACCCACAGGCCAAGUCUGAGGAGGAGCUAAGACACGCCCUUGGCCUGUACCAGACCACCGGCAAGGGCAAGGUCCCUCUGGAAGGCAUCCGACCUAUCGAGCUGUUCAUGUGCUCUGUUGUCAUGCGCCAGGGCUACGGUGAUGGCAUCAGAUGGUUGUCCCAGUAUGUAUAA